UCCUUGGGUAACGAUGUGCUAAAAUCUCUCCUGCAAACCGGUAAGUACCAGCUCUCUGGAUCCUUUUGUUUCCGGCUAGGGUCAAAGACACCCCUUCUUCCAAAAAGAAGAUAUAAUAAUCCUCAUUUAUUUAUUUAUUUAUUUUUAUUUUUUAUUACAGCCCUUGCGGAGGAGAAAGAACUUAAGUGGCUAAUAUUUUGCAAAGGAGACAGAGAGACUGAUGCUGCAAUAUAGCUCUCAUCUCUCUCCCUUCUUCCCAAUCAGACCCUGGUUUUAAUUGCAGAGGGUAUUUCUCUUUUCAUGCUUUCAUCCAUCUCCUCUUUUCCCACAGGGGAGGGUUUCAUUUGCAAGUUGAUGCUAAGGAUUUCUUUCCGUUUCCCUCAUUUUUUUUUCCCCCUAAAUGCAUCUUUCUGCUUAAGUUUCUGGAGGAGGGGGAGGAAAUUUUUCUAGUUCUUGCACGAAGAAGGCAAAAACGUCCUUUUCCACUGCGAGAUUCGCACUAAGAGCGAUGAUCGCUCCGAAUAAUUUUAAUGGGCAUUUCGGUGAUCCGAGGAAGGCUGCACCACCAUCGUUAUUAUCACCACCACCCUUAGCAUUUCCCGAUGUCCGUACAUGUAAAAUAUCUGGCGAAAGGAAGGGGGAAACCAUAUGUUGAAGGAGCUGCAUCUCAUUAGUACAAUAUUAUUUUUUCAUCUGAUUGGAGAAGAAUGGUGUCUUCAUUCGGAAAUCGGUUUAGUAGGAUAGAUAAUUUAUCAGCUGUUUUGUAAACAUCACCAAACGAUGAAACCUUCCACGGCAGAGACUCUCCACAAAGGAAGGAUGUUGUGGAUAAUUCUUCUAAGCACAAUUGCUCUAGCAUGGACUACACCAAUUCCCUUGAUAGAGGACUCGGAGGAACUCGAUGAGCCCUGCUUUGAUCCAUGUUACUGUGAGGUGAAGGAGAGCCUUUUCCAUAUACAUUGCGACAACAAGGGAUUUAUAAAUAUUAGUCAGAUAACAGAGUCRUGGUCGAGACCUUUUAAACUUUACCUGCAGAGGAACUCCAUGAGGAAAUUGUACACCAACAGUUUUCUUCACUUGAACAAUGCUGUGUCUAUUAACCUUGGGAACAACGCACUGCAGGACAUCCAGAGCGGGGCUUUUAAUGGGCUCCGAGCUCUGAAGCGGUUGUAUUUGCACGAAAACAAAUUGGACAUUUUCAGGAACGACACUUUCCUGGGUUUGGAAAGUCUGGAAUAUCUGCAGGCAGAUUACAAUGUCAUUAAACGGAUUGAAAGUGGGGCGUUUCGAAACCUCAGCAAAUUGAGGGUCCUUAUCCUGAAUGACAAUCUCAUCCCCAUGCUUCCCACCAACCUAUUUAAAUCUGUGUCCUUAACCCAUUUGGACUUGCGCGGGAACAGGUUAAAAAUCCUUCCCUACCGUGGGAUGUUGGACCAUAUUGGCCGGAGCCUCAUGGAGAUCCAGCUGGAGGAGAACCCUUGGAACUGCACCUGCGAGAUCGUGCAGCUGAAGAGCUGGCUGGAGCGCAUCCCCUACACGGCCCUGGUGGGGGACAUCACCUGCGAGACCCCCUUCCACUUCCACGGCAAGGACCUGCGGGAGAUCAAGAGGAGUAAGCUCUGCCCCAUGCUGUCCGACUCCGAGGUGGAAGCCAGCCUCGGGAUCCCGCAGCUGCCGUCCAGCAAGGAGAACGCGUGGCCCACCAAGCCGUCCUCCAUGCUGUCCUCCUUCCACUUCACCGCCUCCUCGGUUGAGUACAAAACCGCCAACAAGCAGCCCAAGCCCACCAAGCAGCCCAGGGCGCCCAGGCCUCCCCCCACGUCCCGCGGGCUCUACCCCGGGCCGAACCAACCGCCCAUCGCCGCCUACCAGACCAGGCCCCCCAUCCCCAUCAUCUGCCCCACCGGCUGCUCUUGCAGCUUGCACAUCAACGACCUGGGCCUCACGGUCAACUGCAAGGAGCGAGGGUUUCACAACAUCUCCGAGCUCCUGCCCAGGCCCCUCAACGCCAAGAAGUUGUACCUGAGCGGGAAUUUGAUACAGAAAAUCUACCGCUCCGAUUUCUGGAAUUUUUCCUCUUUGGAUCUCUUACACCUGGGGAACAACCGGAUCUCCUACGUGCAGGACGGGGCUUUUAUUAACCUGCCCAAUCUCAAGAGCCUCUACCUGAACGGCAACGACAUCGAGCGGCUCACGCCGGGCAUGUUCCGGGGCUUGCAGAGCUUGCAUUACCUGUACUUCGAGUACAACCUCAUCAGGGAAAUCCAGCCGGCGGCCUUCAGCCUCAUGCCCAACCUGAAGCUGCUCUUCCUCAACGACAACCUGCUGCGCACCUUGCCCACGGACGCCUUCGCGGGCACCUCGCUGGCRCGCCUCAACCUGCGCAACAACCACUUCCUGGCGCUGCCGGUGGCCGGCGUGCUCGAGCACCUGCAYGCCAUCGUGCAGAUCGACCUCAAGCUCAACCCCUGGGACUGCACGUGCGAGCUGGUGCCGCUCAAGCAGUGGCUGGAGGCGCUCAGCUCCGUGAGCGUGGUGGGCGAGGUGCUGUGCGCCAGCCCCGAGCGCCUGGCGCGCCGCGACCUGCGCGCGCUCGAGCUCGCCCCGCCGCCGCCCUGCGCCGUGGCCUUCGUGGACUGCCUCUACGGCACCGUGCCCAAGCUGAAGGAGCUGCACGUGCACCCGCCCGGCAUGCAAUACCCGGACCUGCAGCAGGACGCCAGGCUCAAGGAAACCCUCCUCUUCGCCGCAGCGAAGGGCUUCCCCGAGCACCAAACCCCCACAAGCGAAUACCUCGAGUUAAGGGCCAAACUCCAAACCAAGCCGGAUUACCUCGAAGUCCUGGAGAAGACCACGUACCGGUUCUGACGCCGCCGCCCCGGGCCACGGGCCACGAAGUGCCUUCGCAGACUUUUGCCAGCAGAUGUUAACCAAUCAUUAUUUUUUUAUACUGAAACUGAGACUUUGACUGUGCCAUGUCUAAGGAAACUUCCUUUUCCGUGUGCAUUGGGAACUCACUGGAAUCAUUUGGGGAUGAUUCCCUUUGGAAAUGGUCAGAAUAUUUAACUGAUCUCUGUAAUGCGUGCUAGGAUGUGUCCUGGUUUGCUGUCUCCUGGUGCUGAGCUGAGGCUGAGUGGGUGGGAGCAUCACUUUGCACUGCAGGAAGCAAAAGUGGAUCCAUCAGCUCUGAUCUGUGACGUGCUUCGGCCCGGGCAACACCAAACUGAUAGGGAUUGCUCUGGUUAUCAGCAGAAUUCUUGGUAGCAUUGAUAGCACUGGGAAAGAACUGAAUAAAGUCAAAAGAUCCACAUGCACUUUGGAGCUCUUGGAUGGGGUACUAUUUUAAAUAAAUAAAUAUUUUUUAGCUUAUUCCAUGGCUGUAUGUCAAGUAGCUGGUACCUAUUUCAGCUCUUCCCCCGCUGAUGCUCAUUACCAUGUAACGAGCCUUUCAUCAUGUGUUUAUUUUUACUCACUCACUUCCUGAGGUUCUUCCCACAGGUGGAAAAGGAAAAAAGGCCAGGUAAGUCCCAAACCUCUCCUGYCAUGACUCAAUACAGGGAUAUAGAAAGAGUAAUAGUGAUGUUCAAUUACCAGUGCAUUUUUGUGUCUCCUGGAUAUUGUCAUUGAUGUAAAAAAUGUAUUUAUACCUGGUUUAAAAGGCUUGUCUGAGACUUAGGGAUUGCUCUGUGUAUCUCUGCGCUGUAUUACCAAGGAUGCUGG